CGUGUCCGGCGCUUAUUUCGAACGGAUCCCGGGCAUGACCAUGAUGGAAUGAAUACCGCCCUGUCCUACCUGUCUAUCUACCUGCCCUUACUGAUACUGCCUGAAUUUACGUGUUUCAUGUAAUGAUGUCGGAGAAGGCCACGGUAUGUGUAUUUAUGUAUGUAUAUCGUGAGUGAGUGAGUGAGUGAGUGACGGAGAUGGUUCGUUCGAUGACACGUGAGUCUGUGGAAACCGCUGAUUUUGCUGAUUGAUGAUGAUGAUAAUGAUGACAAGGAUGAUGGUAAUAAAGCGAGCGUUGCAAACAGACAGUUCUGUCAUCUACGGGAGUCGUGCGUGGUGCAUGCGAACCGAUAUUAUUAUUACCGUGCUGCGCGACGUCCUGUCGAAAAGUGAUAAUUUAAUGCUCUGGUCAAGUCAGGCAGGCAGGCAGGCAGGCAUUGUUCCUUCCGCCGGUGCAAGAAGAAGAACUGAUGAUGAAUUGAUGAUGAUCAUCGUGGGCUUUCUGCCCAACCAAGAAGCCCUCCCCAGCCAGGCAGCCCGGUGUGAGAAAAAGCUGAUGCGACCCAGCAGGCGGCCGAAUCUCCCUCUUGCUUCCAUUUCCCACUUAACCGCCCCCGUCUGUUUUACCGCCCGGCCUAUUCCGUGCCGUCCGUCGAUCCAAUCGCUGUUGUUCUCGCGCCUCGGAACCCGAGUUUCAGGUUGUUGGCAAGGACGGACGAUGAUGGAUAAGUCCAUGACAGCAAACCAAAGGCAUCUCUCAAAGGCAGGCAGGCGGGAGAUUGCGAGACGAGGAUCCUGAUACAGUAUGGUUACAAGCACGGUGUUCACAGUGAUAGUCU